AUGCGACAAACGAUUGGGUCCUCUUCAUCUUUUCUUUUACAAAUUCUAAUUGCUUUGGUUCUACUCGCCAAUCUCGCUUCUGCCUUCUAUGUACCAUAUGCUGAGGACUAUUUCAUGAUGAACAAUCCGAUAAUGGAGAAACGAACCCUUGGGCCAUAUGGUGGGCCUCGACACGAGAAACGGGAAUUCAGUGCUGAUGAUUUGUCUCUUCGAUUCGGAAAACGAUCCGGACGGCUGGCUUUCAACCCAGAAGAUUUGCAUUUGAGAUUUGGAAAG